ACACCUACUGUAACGCCUCACGGCUACGGUUCAUGCCUCACCCAAGGACGCGCCUAUCCCCCAGUUGUUAUCGGUACAAUAAUUUAUGAAGAUAUCUCAUGUGACGUGAUUGAAAUUUCAAGGUGCAUAUUAUCUUAUUAAGUUAGAGGCGUGUUUUGUGGUGUGGGUGAGGCCGUCUCGCCACGUGUAUCGGUGAGGAUGCAAGAGGAAUGUCUGGACUUCGACGACGUCUUACCUCAUGUUGGAGAGUUCGGCAAGUACCAGUGGCUGCUGUUCCUAGGCCUGGCACCCUUCUGCCUCAACGUGGUGUUCAUCUACUUCGUGCAGUUCUUUAUCACCAUCCCGCCCGAACACUGGUGCGCCGUUCCUCAACUCCAGGAGGCUAACAUAACCCUUGAACUUCGACGACAGCUCAGCAUUCCUGUCACCUUCGACUCCCAGGGCAAGGAGAAGUGGAAUAGCUGUCAGAUGUACGAUGUAGACUACAGUAAACUGCUGCGGGAGGGCGUGACGUCAGCCAACGCCUCCUGGCCAGUGCGGGACUGCCAGACGUGGGAGUACGAUAUGUCUUCCAUAAGAUACUUUCACACUAUUGUCUCGGAGUAUUCGUGGGUGUGUGACCGGGAGUGGUAUGGCACCCUGGCACAGUCUGUGUUCUUCCUGGGUGCCAUAUUUGGUGGUCUUCUUAGUGGCUGGGCGGCUGACAGGUACGGGCGUGUACCGGUGUUGGUGGCGACUAACUUUGUUGGGGCGGCCACCUCCCUGCUGACGGCCCUGUCCACCUCUCUGGGGGACUUCCUUCUCUACAGGUUUCUCGCCGGGUUUGCCUUCGACAAUAUCUUCGUCAUGAUGUACGUCUUAGUGCUGGAGUACGUGGGACCCAGGCGGAGGACCCUGAUAGCCAACAUGUCCAUCGCGUUGUUCUUCACGGCGGGCACGGUGGCGCUGCCCUGGCUGGCGGUAGCGGCGGGGAACUGGCGCCUCUUCACCGCACUCUCCUGCACACCUAUGAUUUUCGGCUGCUUCGCCUUCUGGGUCCUGCCUGAGAGUGCCCGCUGGCUCCUCUCCCAAAGCCGUGUAGAGGAGACGAUAGAGAUCCUUAAGAAGAUCGCCAAGGUGAACGGACGCACCAUCCCUGACCAGGUGCUGCAUGACCUCCAGAAAAGCUCCCAGUUGGAGCUGGAGGAGACUCCCAUGGUGGAGCAGUCUUCUGCCUCACUACUCGACCUCUUCAGAACCCCGAGACUCCGCCGCAUCACUUUCGCUAUCUGUGUGGUCUGGAUGCUGCUGAGCAUGGUGUACGAUGGACACGCUCGUAACGUGUCCAACCUUCAGCUGGACGUGUUCGUAACGUUUACUAUUGCCUCGGCGACGGAGUUGCCAGCGGACAGUUUCCUGGUACUGACGCUGGACAGGUGGGGGCGGCGCUGGCUGGCCUGUGGCACCCUCAUCCUCUCCGGCAUCCUCAGCAUCCUCACCAUUGCUUUCGCAGGUAACGUGGUGGCGGUGGCGGUGCUGGCUAUGCUGGGGCGGCUGCUGGUCAACAUCGCAUAUAACAUUGGGCUGCAGUACGCAGCAGAGUUGUUGCCGACUGUGGUGCGUGCACAGGGAGUCGCCGCCGUCCACAUUACUGGCUACAUUGCUACUAUACUGUCUCCCGUCAUCGUUUAUCUGGGUACGAUCAAUCCCUUGGUCCCGCUGGUGGUGCUGGGGGUGGCGUCAGUGAUCGGAGGGCUGGUGGCGCUGCUGUUGCCAGAGACCCUACACAGGGACCUGCCUCAGACCCUCGCUGACGGUGAAAACUUCGGCAAGGACCAGGCCUUCUUCUACUUCCCCUGCAUCGAAAAGGAUAAAAAAUCCAGCCAGCCGCUGACACUGGGGGAGAUCGGCCAACAGCCGUCCUUCAUCAGGCACCGACCACGGCUGAGGGCGUCCCUCCGUGGGGAGACCUACAGGUCUACCCUCAUCAGGCACCGUAAGGAAGUCCUCUAUAUCCCUAUGGCUGACUGACACCACUACCACCACCACCACCACCAUCACCACCACCACCACCACCACCACCAGGAAGGUCUUCUACGCACCUGUGGUUGACUGCCACCAUUAUCAGGAAGGUCUUAUAUAUGCACACCUGUGGUUGACUGACACCACUGCCACUACCACCAAGAAGGUCUUAUACUCACCUGUGGUUGACACCACUACAACCAUUAUCAGGAAGGUCUUAUACUCACCUGUGGUUGACACCACUACAACCAUUAUCAGGAAGGUCUUAUACUCACCUGUGGUUGACACCACUACAACCAUCAUCAGGAAGGUCUUAUACUCACCUGUGGUUGACACCACUACAACCACCAUCAGGAAGGUCUUAUACUCACCUGUGGUUGACACCACUACAACCAUCAUCAGGAAGGUCUUAUACUCACCUGUGGUUGACUGACACCACCAGCAGACAGCAGGAGGGACAAGAGUGAGGACUUAUCAUGGUCAGAAAGCGUCAGACGUGAGGGCGACUUCAUGACCCUUUCCAACAACAUUUUAUAUUGUCAUUGAACUAGACACUAACUUCAGAAUACUGUACAAAGUUGUCCGAACUCGAAAUAAUUAUUAUAUGAAUUUUGGUAGUAUCACAUUGUGAUUUAGAUAUAUAUAUAAUACUUUAUUAACUCUGUUGGUUCUCCUUUGCUCCUUAAGACAUAUUAAGUACGGUAUUACAAUUGUCGUGAACUUAAGACAUACUGAGUCAUACAAUUGUCGUGAACAUAAGACAUACUGAGUCUUACAACUGUCGUGAACUUGAGACACACUAAGUGUUACAACUGUCGUGAACUUGAGACACACUAAGUGUUACAACUGUCGUGAACUUGAGACACACUAAGUGUUACAACUGUCGUGAACUUGAGACACACUAAGUGUUACAACUGUCGUGAACUUGAGACACACUAAGUGUUACAACUGUCGUGAACUUGAGACACACUAAGUGUUACAACUGUCGUGAACUUGAGACACACUAAGUGUUACAACUGUCGUGAACUUGAGACACACUAAGUGUUACAACUGUCGUGAACUUGAGACACAACAAGUGUUACAACUGUCGUGAACUUGAGACACACUAAGUGUUACAACUGUCGUGAACUUGAGACACACUAAGUGUUACAACUGUCGUGAACUUGAGACACACUAAGUGUUACAACUGUCGUGAACUUGAGACACACUAAGUGUUACAACUGUUGUGAACUUGAGACACACUAAGUGUUACAACUGUCGUGAACUUGAGACACACUAAGUGUUACAACUGUCGUGAACUUGAGGCACACUAAGUGUUACAACUGUCGUGAACUUGAGACACACUAAGUGUUACAACUGUUGUGAACUUGAGACACACUAAGUGUUACAACUGUCGUGAACUUGAGACACACUAAGUGUUACAACUGUUGUGAACUUAAGACACACUUAGUGUUGUAAUACAGUGCAGUAUAGCCGCCCACGAAGUUUGGUUGAAACUGCCCUAACCUUAGGUGGUCAACUAAGUACAAUAUUUACUGGGGAAUAGUGAUAACUUUCGCUUAUGAAACUUUAUUAAGAUCAAUAAAUAAUAAUAAAGUCUCAUAGAGUAGAGUCAGAUUUUCCAGUGAGCUGUGAUCUUGAUCUUUGUCUGGUGGUGACCGGAGAACAAAAGUGCCUAGUCUAGGACAAGGCGGACGGCCGCCUGUGAAAUUUUCGUUAAGAUGGGUGGAAAUGUGGUCGCUCGAUUGGGAAUAAAACACAGACACGCUAGAAAAUGUACUUCCAAAUCCUUGGUUUCAUAAUAAACGCAGAGAACCAACAAAUUCUAAACACUGUA